UGCAGUUACCAUUUCCGAUGACAUCUUCUCUUUCAGUCCACCUGUGACCUCAAGAUUUCUCCAAGGUGUUAUGGCUGGGCCACAAAUGAAUUGUCUUGAACCAUUCUAAGUCCUGCCAUGGCAGGGAGAAACCAGGAGUGCUGGGAUCGAUGGUACGAAACAGCCCAGAAGAGACUGCCAGUGCUAAGAUGGCUUCCCAGAUAUUCUCUGCAGUGGAUGCAGCUCGAUAUCAUUGCUGGACUCACUGUGGGGCUGACUGUUGUGCCACAAGCUCUUGCCUACGCUGAGGUGGCUGGCCUCCCAAUGCAGUUUGGCCUCUAUUCCUCCUUCAUGGGCUGCUUCAUCUAUUGUCUCUUGGGGACCGCGAAGGAUGUGACACUGGGCCCUACAGCUAUCAUGUCGCUACUGGUUUCUUCCUAUGCAUUCCAUGACCCUGCUUAUGCCAUCCUGCUUACAUUCCUCUCAGGCUGCAUCCAGUUACUCAUGGGGCUCCUACAGCUUGGUUUCCUACUAGACUUCAUCUCAUAUCCUGUCAUUAAAGGGUUCACUUCAGCUGCUGCAGUCACCAUUUUUUAUGCUCCUGCUGCAGUCACCAUUGGCUUCAACCAGGUCAAGGCACUUCUUGGCUUGCAGAACAUCCCACGGCAGUUUUUCCUGCAGGUGUAUUACACCUUCUCCAGAAUUGGAGAGACAAGAGCAGGGGAUGCCAUUCUUGGACUCAUCUGCCUGAUCGUGCUUACAGGGCUGCAACAAAUGAAAAACCACAUCCCCAGGGAGUACUGGAUGGAAAGGUUAUCUGUCAGGAUCAGCCAGCUUAUUGUCUGGGCAAUAGCAACAGCCCGUAAUGCUCUGGUGGUUCUGUUUGCUGGUUUGGUGGCCUACUCCUUCCAAGUUACAGGCUCCCAGCCAUUCACCCUCACAGGGACAAUACCCCAAGGACUCCCCCACUUCCAGCCACCACCAUUCUCUAAGGUGACACCCAAUGAGACAAUCCACUUUGGAGAGAUGGUGCAGGCAAUGGGAGCUGGCUUGGCUGUGGUGCCACUAAUGGGGCUACUGGAGACAGUUGCAAUCGCCAAGGCAUUUGCUUCUCAAAAUAACUACCAAAUUGACCCUGAUCAGGAGCUGUUAGCCAUGGGUUUCACUAAUCUCUUUGGAUCCUUCGUCUCAUCCUAUCCUGUCACAGGUAGCUUUGGCCGGACAGCAGUGAAUGCGCAGACAGGGGUGUGCACCCCUGCAGGGGGACUUAUCACAGGUAGGCACUCCCUCUCUAUUGAAUGUGGGGCAUAG